CGACUCCGGCUUGACGGUCAUUUCUGAAUCACUGGACUGUUGCUAUCAAAGUGUGGAGCGGGGGACGCAGAGUCACCGGAGUUUUCUCCUCCAGCCGUAUUCAGAGUGAUUGGAUGGGAUCAACAUGAGCAGAAAUAUGGAUGGAUUUAUGUCACUCUGUUGAGAUAUUUAUACACUCUUUGUUGGAUUGCUCAGCAGAUGUGUCCUGUCAUGUCCUGGCUGCUCUGCCUGUGCCUCUGGGUCAGCGUGACUGCCAUCCAGCUGUGUCAGGCCACUUUCUACGACACCAUCCAGCAGCAUGGGACGAGGCCUGGCCGGACCACCAUCCACAUGAUCGAGGGGGGCACAUGUGAAGUAAUUGCUGCGCACAGAUGCUGUAAUAAGAAUCGCAUUGAGGAGCGGUCACAGACAGUCAAGUGCUCUUGUCUGCCGGGGAAAGUGGCCGGAACGACCAGAAACAGGCCUUCGUGUGUGGACGCAUCCAUAGUAAUUGGGAAGUGGUGGUGUGAGAUGGAGCCUUGCCUAGAGGGGGAGGAAUGCAAGACGCUCCCUGACAACUCAGGCUGGAUGUGCUACGCCGGGAACAAGAUCAAAACCACAAGGAACACUCAGCCAUACACCACAUCGACAUAUUAACGUUCUGCGGAGAAAGGAGGGAAGGGAACACCUCUGGUGCAAAGGUUAAUUUGCAGCACAUUCAUUGGACCAAUUAUCACAAGAGACAAUGAACCUAUUGUUGCUUUAAGAUAUGUGAACACUUCUCAAAUCAAGUGUAUAAAGAUGUAGAAUACAUAAAGCACAUCCUGCUCAAGGCUCCUGAAAAUACUGACGCUCCAUGCUGCCUGUGGGGAACUUCAUCAUAACCUUGUAAUGAAAAUAUUUGCAUCUUUUCCUUUUUUCUUUUUUUCUUUUCCAAGAGAACAAAAAAAAAAACGCAUUAACUGUCUGUACGUUUGGAUUAAUAUCUGGAGAGUGUGUGACGUCCCUCCUCAGACAUCAGUAAGACAGAUGUCUACUGUGAAGCACCAAACAGGAGAGGAAUAUAUCAAAGGACACGAGAUGAGAAAGUACAGAAGCUGACAGCCCUCAGGAUUUUCUUUUCUCUUUUUAAUAUUGUGGGAGGAAAAAUAUUGUACAUAAACUGUUUGUCCUUUCCUGUGUACAUGAACUUUAAUGGUGGUGGUGAAUCUUCCUUCUUCUUACCCACAUGAUGCGGCACAACCAAAGUUUGAUGCGUUCAAGGACACAACGUUGGGAUGAAACGGAGGAAGAAAAUGUUUUAUAAAAACAGCUUGUGCGUCUUGUUACAUCUUACCAUUUGUUUGUAUGGUUCUCGUACGCCUCCGAUCACCUCUUCAAUGGCUUUACCAGUCAGAUUUGGUAACGUGUCAGCUCCCCUGAACCCGAUCGAUUCACCAAAAAUGUGAUACCAGUAGGUCAUAUUCGAUACUUGAAAUGCCUUAUUUGUGUUGAAUCAUCCUGAUGAUGACAUUGUACAUAUGAAGCCAUCUGUUGGUGUGUGCUGAGAAUUCAUUAAAGUCAUUGUUCCUGUUGCUU